CUCAUUUUACAUUCAGUCGGAGACAUUAAUUGGCUAAGUGCAGAUCGUCGUCUAUCGCCACCGAGGACGAGCAAGGAGUAAGGGUACAACUGAGACCGGUGGGCCUACGAGCGAAAGUGAAGUGACGAAAGUAACUGACUGAUAGUGUGUAGGAACUGAACAAACAAAAACAUAUUAAGUGAAUUAUUUGUGCCAAAAACUAACACCAGCACUUCCGACGAUCCUUCGCUGUAGGUAUUGUCAUAGGCAAUGAAAGCUUUACUAAUCUGCGUGUUUGCCUGUGCGGCACUAAACGGUGUUCUGAGUGCGUCUAUCAUACGAGUAGCUCGAGAAGACACAGUGCCUGUACCUGACGAGAUCGUUAAGGAUGAACCGGUGGCAGAGCUGCGCAAGGACGAAAUUCCCGUCGCUGUCGAAAAAGAACCAGCCAAGGUGAUCGUCGAGGAUGCAGCUGUGCCAGCGGAGAUUCAACGUUCCGCCGUUAAUGUGGUCGAUGUCGUCGAACCCGUGGCCGUCAAACAGGUCCUUGUUGAUGAACCGGUGGUCGUUGUCGAGAAGGAAUCCUCUGUGGAAUCCUUGCGCAGCGUUUCUCCAGUUGUUGCUGUCGAAGAGCCAGCCGUUGUUGUCAAGGAGACAGAAGUUGUGGCUGAGCCAGUUGUCGAAGACAAAGUGGUUGUACCAAUCGAAUUGGCCCGCAAUGUCGAACCAGUGGUUGAAGUUGCCGAACCAGUGGUGCCCGUUGUCGAGGAACUGAAACAGGAAAACGAACCGAUGGAGGUCGUAGGAGCCGUUCGUAGUGCUCUUCCGGUGGUUGAUGAAGAAAAAGAAAUUCCAGCAGUAGCCGUUGUCGAAAGCGAAAAACCCGUCGAAGUUAAGGAAGAAGCGGUCGUCCCAGCUGUACGAACCGUAGCUGAAGUUAUUUUGGAUAAAGCUGAGGUUUCGGAAGGAAAUGCGGUCGUCAAGGAUGCGGAACCGGCUACUGUCGAGUUACUGAAGAGCGUUCAGCCAGUCGCUGUUGUAGUCGAGGAACGAAAGGAACAAAUCUUGGAUGAAACCGCUCGCAACAUUGUGCCGGAACCCGUUAGACCUUUGAUCGAAAUUGUCGCAGAAGUUAAAGCUGCCCAAACCAAUGAUGUUGCGGAACCAGAACCGGAGGUUAGAAGCGUUGUCGUCGAAGAUAAAGUUGUCCCAGAAUCGGAGGUAGCACCCGUUGAAUCUCACAGAUCCGCCGCUCCACUUGUCGCUGUUGAAGAACCGAUCGCCGUUGCUGUUGCAGACAAAGAAGUGAUUGCUGAAAAAAUCUUGGAACCAGUUCCUGAACUCCAAAAUACAGUUGCCGAUGAAGUACCCGCUCCCGCUGUUUUGAACGAUGAAGUUCCAAUUCCGGAAACUCCCGCCGCAGCCGAUGCUGCUCCAGUCGAAGAUGAAAAAGUUCCAGUCCCAGAGAUUCCCGUAGAAGAGAAAGUUAUUGCCCCCGUAGAAUCUUUACGUUCGGCCCUUCCCGUUGCGGAAGUUGAAGAACCAGCCGUCGUCGUUACCGAGCAAAAAGAAGCCGUUCCUGCCGUUGAGAAUGAAGUUGUUCCGGCUAUCAAAGCGAUCGUAGAAGAAAAAAUUGUCGAAAACGAAGCUGCCGUUGAACCCACUGACGCACUUCGAUCUGUACCAGUCGUAGAGGAAGUCGCUCCCGUGAAGGAAGUCGAACAGGAACCGUCCGAUGUAGUUCGUGCCAUUGAAGUCAAGGAUGACACUGCCACGACCGCUCGUCCCAACAUUAUUCAGCAGAUCAUUCAACCAGUGAACAAUUUGAUCCAGAACAGUCCUCUGGGACCUAUUCUGAACCGCGGAUCAACAACUGCUGCUCCGGGUGCCGCGGAAAAUCUAAACACCGGAGAGGUUGCCGCCGCCAACGAUGAAGCUACUACCGCUGCUCCCAACCUAAUUCAGCAGCUUGGUCAGAACAUCCAAAGCUUCUUGAGUCCAAAUUCUCAAAAUGCACAGACCGGUGACAGCAGCACUACCGCCCGACCGAACAUCAUCCAGCAGGUUCAGAAUGCUGUCGGAUCGGUGUUCAACCGCCCGUCCAGCAACUCCGAACAGCAACCCGCCCCGGCCACUGGUCCCAUCCAGAGCUUGGUGCAAAAUGUUCAGAACUUCUUCCGACCACCGGGCUCUUCCACAGCUGCUCCCGAAGGAGACGGUUCUGCUCCAGUCGCCGUUGCUUCACUUGCCGCCGAAGAUUCUCCCUCAACCUCAGCCGAACUUACGGGAAACCAAACACCUUAGAAGAAUUACUCUUAAGUGCACUCUAAUUAGGGACUCAGUAUUUUGUUCUAGCCAUACGACUCACAAACACACACACAGGCGCAGAGUAAAAUGAAAAUUCCUUUCUUUUUCUAAGGAAUCUUAUGGUUUUAACGAAAUCCUAUCAAGUCAUAUCAUUUCGUUCGUAGUGGCAACAAAUUUAUUUUUUCGAUAAAAUUCCACUGUCUUCUUCCUUCUGGUGAGUGCUUGGUAGGCUCGUUUCGUUAAGUUCUCGGCUCGAACGGGAGCCUGGAAAGUUCACGAGCGAGAGCAUCCGGCAUCCGGAAGGAUCAGAAGAAGGGGACCGCUUUUAUCAGUAUUUAUUUAUUUUUCUAUUGGAACGAAACGAAAUAUUUAUUUAAAAUGUGAUUUUGAUAAUCGAAAGCAUCGAACAAAAGAACAAACAAAAAAUAGUACUGCCGAACUAUCAACAAAAAGGAGAAAACCAUGCAGAACACACGUAAAAAAUGUAUGAUGUUUGUAAAAAAAAGCGAAAAAAAUAAUAAAACAGAAAUAAAACAUAACUAUAAAACAGAA